AUGUCGUUGAUUCAAGAGUCACCAGAGCGUAUAUAUGAAGCGCUAAAGGAAAAGUUGCCACUCAACCCACGGUCGAUUGCAAAAGCUAUUCCCAUACCCGAUACAGAAGAAGAAGGGUACUCGCCAAUUUACAGAAACCAAUACAAUCCCGAUGGGUUGAUUACCAAGUUGCAUAAUUCAUUAGACACAUUGUAUGCCUUGUUUGAGUUUGGUUACAAAUUCUCUGGAGAUCAAAAUGCAUUUGGAGUAAGAGAAAAAUUACCUGAUGGAUCAUUUGGAAGAUACCAUUGGCAAGAUUAUCACACCGUUAGACGAAGAAGAAACAAUUUGGCUUCUGGUGUAUUCUUUGUGUUGGAAAACAAUCCUUUCAGAACUGACAGUGAAGUCCAUCGCAACAUAAACUACAAUCCAACAAGGAAAGAUGAUUCGUUUGUGUUGACUAUAUUCAGCGGCAACCGACCAGAAUGGGUUUUGGCUGACAUGGCCACCAUUGCCUAUUCCAUCACUAACACGGCAUUGUAUGACACUUUAGGUCCAAAUGCCAGCAAAUAUAUUUUAGAAUUGACGGGAUCGCCAAUUGUUUUGUGCUCCAAAGAGAAGAUAGCCAAGUUGAUCGAGUUGAAGAAGGAAAGUGACAAAAUGGACAACUUGAUUGUGAUUGUGUCUAUGGACAAGUUGGAAGGUCCGGAAGAUGCUAGGUUGAAGUAUUUUGCAGCAGAAAAUCGUAUCACGUUGUUUGAUUAUGACCACAUUGAAAAGCUUGGAGAGUCAAACCCAUUAGCACCAAUUCCACCAACCUCAAAUACCAAAUUCACCAUAUGCUUCACUUCAGGAACUACCGGGGCUAUGCCAAAGGGAGUUGUUUUAACUCAUGAGAGUGCAGUUUCUGGUUUGGUGUUCAAAUAUGGUAGAGCUUUCAGACCAGGAGCCACAAGAUUGUACUCUUACCUACCAGCUGCUCACAUUUUGGAAAGAGCCAAUCUUUUAUAUGGAGUUUGCAUUGGCGCGGAGAUUGGUUUCCCUCAAAGCAAGUCAGCAUCAACAAUGCUUGAUGACGUUAGAGAGUUGCAACCAACCACAUUAUCAACUGUGCCUCGAGUAUUGUCAAAGUUGGAAGCAACCAUAAAGUCUCAAACAAUCCAGAGUGAACACCCAUGGAUUAGGUACAUCUAUACAAGAGCCAUCACUGAGAAAUUGAAGCUCCAAGCACAACCUCUGGAUGAUGAUGUUAAUCCUAAUCAUUUGGUAUAUGACAAAUUGCUUGAUGCAUUUAGGAAAAGGAUGGGUUUAGGAAGUGUUAAAAUGAUAGCAACCGGUUCGUCACCUGUCAACCCGGAAACGAUUAGAUUUAUUAAAGCGGCAUUGAAUGUUGGAGUUUCUAACGGGUACGGCUCAACCGAGUCGUUUGCUGGAUUUUUGUGUAGUAGGCAAUUUGAUUACGAUCCGGGUUCCAUUGGUGCAAUUGGAGUAAGUGCUGAAUGCAGGUUGAGGGACAUUCCGGAAAUGAACUACACGUCGAAAGAUGAGGGAGGACCAAGAGGCGAAUUAUUGCUAAGAGGACCACAGAUUUUCAAAGAAUACUACAAAAAUCCAGAAGCCACAGCUGAAUCGUUUGACAAAGAUGGAUGGUUCUGUUCAGGAGAUGUUGCACGCAUUGAUUCUAGACGCAACAACCAAAUGUACGUCAUUGACAGGGUCAAAAACUUUUUCAAGUUGGCACAAGGAGAAUUUGUCACUCCAGAGAAAAUCGAGCUUGCUUACUUGGCAACGUGUCCACAAAUUCAACAAAUUUUUGUCCAUGGAAAUUCACUUGAGUCUUAUCUCGUUGGUAUUGUUGGUUUGGACCCAACGUCAAUUGGAGAUUAUUUGAGAAUUAGAUUCAAGGACGAAAUCAAUGACAGGGCAGAUAUACUUCACUUUUUGAAUGAUCCUUCAAACAAAAAAGCGUUUCUUUUGGAUCUCAAUGCUGCUGUGAAGGAUCAAUUGCAAGGUUUUGAAAGAUUGCACAAUGUGGAGAUUUACUUUGAGCCAUUAACAGUUGAAAGAGAAGUUGUUACACCAACGCAAAAGAUCAGAAGACCUCUUUGCACAAAAUUCUUCCAAAAGAAUUUGGAUAGAAUGUAUCAGGAAGGAUCAAUCUUGAGAAAUGAAAAAUUGUGA